AUGAGUGCACCAGUCCAACAGGAAAAGCUCGCAGAGAAACAAAACUUCGACCAGACCAAACCAACUUCGAUCCAUGAUGCACCGACGGCUGACUCGGACGACGCGCUUCGACGAAAGAAGGAGAAAACGUCCUUGGUGAGCCAUUCGUUCCUUUUUGGUCGUCUUCGCGAGUCUGACAGAGCAUAUACAAGGUGGGGCCGCGUUCCAUUCGUCUCUCUCGAAGCUCCUCCACCUACGGGAACACUCGACUCGGCCCCUCUGAUGGGGGACGUCAACGCGAGCUUUCUGAGCCAGUUGUACUGGUCCUGGCUCACUCCGACCAUGAUGCUUGGCUAUGCAAGACCGUUGCAAGCCGAAGAUCUCUCACGCCUCCCUCAAGAUCGCUCUUCCGAGCAGAUAGCCAAGCGUAUCGUUGACUCGUUUCAACGGCGGCAUCAGGCGGCGGAAGAGUACAAUACUCGUCUUGCUUCUGGAGAAAUACAACCCGAGUUUCACAGGCGUAUCUGGUGGAGUCUUCGUGGUGAUCCCCAUCGCCGAGAGGAGCAAUGGAGGACGAAAGACGGCAAGAAGCGAGCAAGCUUAGCCAUGUCCAUGAACCACGCCGUUCUGUGGUGGUUCUGGAGUGGUGGUAUCUUGAAAUUAAUAGGAGAUAUUGCUCAACUCACCAGUCCGCUCCUCGUCAAGGAAAUUAUCAAGUUUGCACAGCGCUCGUAUUCAGCACAUUUAACUGGCGCUAAACCUCCCAACAUUGGACAAGGCAUUGGCAUCUGUUUUGCUCUGUUCAUUCAGCAGACUAUCUCGUCCUGGGGCCUGCAUCAUAGUUUCUACCGAGGCAGUACUACUGGAGUGCUAAUUCGUGGUGGCCUAAUUGCUGCGCUAUUCGAUCGUAGUAUGCAGCUCACUUCUCGUGCAAGGAUCACAGUUCCCAGUGGACGGCUCAUUGGGCUGAUCUCUACAGAUAUUAGUCGCAUUGAUUUUUGCUUUUUACUCAUUGUCCAACUCGGGCCGUCUGCGCUCGCUGGUUUUGCCAUCCUUUUCGUCGUCUCACCACUACAGACAUUGAUUAUGAAGAGGUUGUUCAGCGUGCGAAUGAAGGCGAUGAUAUGGACAGACAAGCGGGUCAAACUGCUUCAAGAACUCCUUAAUGGGAUGCGGGUUAUCAAAAUGCCAUUUAUAAAAAGAAUUGGAGAAUAUCGGAGACAUGAACUUUCCCAUAUCCGUACACUUCUUCUCAUUCGCUCAGGCAACAACGCCGUAGCGUUCUCGCUUCCUUCUAUUGCCGCUGUCGUCUCCUUCAUCACCUAUAGUGCGCUCGGGCAUCAGCUCGACGCUGCCAUUAUCUUCACAUCCCUCACACUUUUCCAACUCGUCCGCUUCCCUCUCAUGUGGAUGCCGAUGGGUCUUUCUGCAAUCGCAGAUGCAGCUAGUGCAGUCGAGAGAUUGUACGACGUUUUUGUCGCAGAAGUCAUUGCCGAUACCCGCAAGGUAGACCCGGAUAUGGACCUUGCCCUUCGUGUCCAGGAUGCAACCUUCGUCUGGGAUGGUUCACCACCAGAGGUGGAGUCUGCGAAGAAGGGCAAGCACGCGCGCAAGGAGAAGGCAGAACACAAGGAAAACCAGCGCGGUGCUAAUGUUGCGCAACCAGAAGAGUCCUACAAGCUUGAGAACAUCACCUUUGACAUUCCCCGAGGUCAACUUUGUGCCAUUGUUGGCGCAAUUGGCAGUGGCAAGUCUUCCCUACUUCAAGGUAUCAUUGGGGAAAUGCGGAGAACGAGUGGGGAUGUGGUGUUUGGCGGAAGCGUCUCUUAUUGUCCGCAAUCCGCCUGGAUCCAGCCAACGGCUCUACAGAAUGCGACCAUCCGCGAUAACAUAUGUUUUGGCAAACCGUUUGACGAGGAGAAGUAUUGGAAUGUGAUCAAGGAUUCUUGUUUGGAAGCGGACCUCGACAUGCUCCCGAAUGGUGACCUGACCGAGGUUGGGGAAAAAGGCAUUACGCUCUCCGGUGGUCAACGACAGCGAUGCAACAUUGCGCGCAGUCUUUACUUUGGCAGCGACAUUAUCAUCCUUGAUGAUCCUCUCUCCGCUCUCGACGCCCAUGUCGGCAAGGCCGUUUUCCAAAACGUGAUCAGCGGUGCUCUGGCUGGCAAGACUCGCAUUUUGGUAACGCACGCCCUUCAUUUCCUCCCGCUGGUAGACCGCAUCAUUGUCAUGGAGAAUGGAAAGAUUGUAGAAGACGGGACGUAUGAUGGCCUUGUCAAGACCGGUGGAGCCUUUUCGUUCCUGAUUAAACAGUUUGGCGCACAAGAGGAUGCGCAAAAGGAAGAAGAGGAGGAGGAGGUUGAUGGAGGCGAAGCGGCUGUCGAGGCAGCUAAGAAGCGCCGCAAGGCUAUUCAAGGUGCCCAACAGAUGCAGGCAGAGGAGCGAAACACGGGCUCGGUCAAGGGAACAGUCUACGGACAGUACCUCAAGGCUGCCAACGGACAGAUCCUCAUUCCGUUACUCCUCUUGUCGGCCAUCUUCACUCAAGGCGCCCAAGUUAUGAGCGGAUAUUGGCUCGUCUAUUGGCAAGAAUUCAAAUGGCACAAGUCACAGGGCUUUUAUAUGGCUAUAUAUGCCAGUUUGGGCGCCGCACAAGCACUGGGAACCUUUGUAACUGGUGCAGUUCUCUCGUUUAUCACAUACUUCGCGAGCAGGGCUCUUCACAAGGCGGCACUCAAGCGGCUUAUGUACAGUCCUAUGAGCUUCUUUGACACGAAUCCUCUUGGUCGGAUCAUGAACAGGUUCGCCAAAGAUAUCGACACGAUUGAUAACACAUUAGGGGACGCAAUUCGCUUCCUCAAUAAUACGGUUACGCAGAUCAUAGGCUCAGUUAUCUUGAUUGCCAUCGUCAUUCCGCAAUUCCUUGCACCCCUAUUUGUCAUUGGGAUUAUCUACUAUUAUAUGGCGGUCUUCUACCGACACACUGCGCGAGAGAUAAAGCGACUAGACGCCAUCUUGCGAAGUUCACUCUAUUCGCAUUUCUCUGAGUCCCUCUCAGGCCUCGCCACUAUCAGAGCAUACAGCGAGACUGAAAGAUUCAGGCAAGAGAAUGUCAAGCGCAUCGACGUAGAGAACAGAGCAUACUGGCUAACCGUAACAAACCAACGCUGGCUCGGUAUUCGUCUAGAUAUUCUUGGAACAUUUCUCACACUCAGUGUUGCUCUUCUUGCCGUCGGAGCGCGAUUCAGUAUUUCUCCAGCCCUUACCGGCCUGGCACUUUCCUACAUUAUUGGAGUGCAACAAGCGUUUGGAUGGCUCGUUAGGCAGACAGCUGAGGUGGAGAAUGACAUGAACUCUGCGGAGAGAAUCCUGCACUACGCAAACGAGAUUGAGCAAGAAGCUCCUGCGCAACGACCAGAGAAUAAACCUCCACAAGAAUGGCCCAACAAAGGAGAAAUAGAGAUUGAUCAAAUCUCGCUGCGAUAUCGUCCAGGUCUUCCGCUCGUUUUGAAGAACAUUUCGAUGACCAUCAAGGGUGGCGAGAAGAUAGGCAUUAUCGGAAGGACGGGAUCGGGAAAGUCUUCAUUGGUUGGCUGCAUGUUCCGUCUUGUUGAAUUGAGCGGAGGAACGAUUCGCAUCGACGGCAUUGACAUCUCUACUCUGGGUUUGGAUGACCUGCGCUCCAAGAUUAGCACUAUCCCACAGGACGCACAUCUCAUCUCUGGGACAAUGAGAACCAAUCUGGAUCCCUUCAAUCAUCACGAUGACGCUACGCUCAAUGAAGCACUCCGGCAAUCGUACCUUAUUGGCACUCACACGGCUGUGGCUAGCGCUGCGCAAUCGAUUCAUAGUCAAACGGCUGGUACUAGCACACCUGUCGAUCGUUUCAGCCUCGACACUGUCAUCGAGACUGAAGGGGCGAAUCUGAGUGUUGGGCAAAAAUCACUUGUUUCGCUGGCUAGAGCCCUCGUCGUCAAUGCAAAUAUCCUUGUCCUUGAUGAGGCGACUGCGUCAGUCGACUAUCUGACAGACUACCAGAUAGGAAAUACAAUCGCGAGGGCUUUCCGGAAUAGAACUGUCCUUUGUAUUGCUCACCGCCUGAGGACAAUUCUGAGUUAUGAUCGUGUAGCCGUUCUCGAUGCCGGUCAGAUCCACGAGCUUGACACCCCGGAAAACCUCUACCAGAACGCGAAUGGAAUAUUCAGACUGAUGUGUGAUAGAUCGUCCAUUACCUUGGAAGAUAUUAGAAAUGCAAGACGGGAACGGGAGGAACUUUUGGCUCAACCAUAA